CAUUGAUACAUACCAUGUCACAAACAUGCAUAAGAAACAAGAACGGCGUGUACCAGACGUUUUGCUUGGCUUUUGUUUUUUUGGCAACAUUUCGUGUCGCGACACUUGCGAGGCGUUUUGAACGGAUCCUCCUGUGGGUCGACAGCAGCAGUGCUCCCACAAAGCGAAAUCCGCCGGAAUGAGCCUGUUCGACAAAGAAGGAGCGCUUUUUCUACGUGUCCUAGGCGGAGCACGAUCGUUCUGCCCGGUUUCUCUCGUCACACGCGAAGCUCACGAAUGACGUCUUACAGGGCACGUUGUAUCCACGGGUGGUAGUUUUGCGACUUUUGGCUACAUGUUAUUUUCGUCUGCUCUAUCCAACACGCGUUGAGUUUGAUGGUACGCGUUUCAUAGGUUGCCAAACCAUCCAUGCGGGUAGGAUUGCGGCUGAAGCUCCCCUCGCGUGCAUCCAAGCUUCAUGACGUGUCUCUUUAUAUUCCGCCCAUUGAGGUCAUGGCCGCGACGGCCGACGGCGGAGUGUGCGAGAUCAAGAUGGAUGACAGCGGCCGCCUGACGCACAUCUGGUGGCAAACGAGAGAGCAGCGCUCCCGCGCCAAGAAGCAAAAAAAAAAAAAAAAGACCUCACCUAUUCUGCAGCUGAAGCUCGCGACGACCGUAACGUUGAGUGGAGCAAGCCUCAACAGCAGUUCACUGCUGCGAUCUGAAGAGAGGUCCGGAACCGUGAAAAAUCCAAGCCCACCCACCCCGUGGUCAAGACCUCCAACUACGACACCGCUUUUGCCCACGGCAGUAUUGUACAAGAUGCCUCCGGAGACGCCGACACCAGGAACAGCCUCCCCGGGGUCUAGACGGGCAGGGCGGCCCGGACGCUCAGGUUCGCCUUGCGGCGGCUCUACUGGUGCCGGUUCGGGCCCUGAUGCUAGUUCUCCUGUCGGCCAGCGGUCAGUGGUCGCCGCGGGCAGGGAGAAGGGCGACGGCAAGACCAAGGGGCAGACGGAGUACGAAGAGGAAGACGAGAGCGACGACAGUGAUGACGGUGGCCACGGCGAGAGGAAGGUGAGCAUGCUGAGGAAGACCUGGACGAACGAGGCCUGGGACACGUACUACACGGAGGUCAGGGUGGGUGACAGCGGCGGCGGCGGGAGCGAGACCUACCGCUGCGGGGACUGCGCGGUGUUAGAGACCGACUCGGGAAAGUACCCGGCUGAGAUCGUGCACAUAUUCAAGGACCGACAUGGCGAGGAGUGGGUGGAGGUGCGUUGGCUCUACACCAAGGAGGAGAUCGAAGAAACCGUGCCAAAGAGAUGGUGGCCGGACAUGGAUGACGCCGAGCUGCUUGAAACGAACGAUGUGAUCGCAAACCAUCCGGCUUCGAUAUGCUACCCAGUGAGGGUACACUCCCAUGAGCACUACAUGCAGAAGGAGAAAGCGGGGGAGAUCGACGUCGACACGGCGGAGCCCCGGGACUUCUUCUGCCGAAAGUUCUACGACGUCCGCCUCAAGAGGUUUAUGCCGGAGGCAGAGCAGAGGACUGCGCAGAGGCUGCUGAGGGGGAGACGGUGGAGCGAGCGCUCGUCCAAGCCAGAGGGUAGCGGUGCUGACGCUCGACGCUUCUUCAGGGGGUGGCGGGCGGGGCCGGGAGGAGUGUACGUCUUCGAGCGACCUACCGUCGUACCCCAAACACUCGCUCCCUCCCCGCACUCGUUGCUCAGCACCAGGCGUCGCCCGUCGUCGUCCGCUGGCGCCGGUGGCGGCGGCGGCAAGCGCCGGGACGGCAAGGGCAAGCGCCGCCCGCAGGACAAGUUCAGCGUGGCGAUGGAGAGCCUCCACGUCACGGCCGUGCCCAAGUCCCUCCCCUGCCGCAACGACGAGAGGAACCAGCUGCUGAGCUUCCUCACGAGCAACAUUAAGGCCGGUGGUCUGGGAAACGCGCUGUUCGUGGCCGGCAUGCCGGGGACCGGGAAAACGGCGACGGCGCACGAGGUGGUGAGAAUCCUGAAGGGACAGCAAGCAAGAGGCCUGCUGCCGCGCUUCAAGCUGGUCGAGCUUAACGGGAUGCGACUUACAGAGCCCCACCAGGCGUACCCCCAGCUGUGGAUGGCCCUCUCCGGAGAGAUGCUGUCGCCGAAGCGAGCGCUGUACAAGCUGGAGAAGUACUUCUCGCGGGGCGACCCCUCGAGGGAGUUCGUGGUCCUACUGGUAGACGAGCUGGACUACAUGACCACCCGUAAGCAGACGGUGCUUUACAACCUGUUCGAGUGGCCCAGCAGGCGAAACGCGCGGCUGGUGGUGGUCGGCAUCGCCAACACCAUAGACCUGCCGGAGAGGUGCCUCCCACGUGUCAGCAGCCGGGUCACCUCGAGGCUCACGUUCGGACCCUACACGAAAUUGCAGCUCGCCGAGAUCUUGCAAGCGCGAUUGGUCGAGGCGAACGCCAUCGGGGGCAAGGCGAGCCCCGUCGAGGGUAAGGCGAAUACCUCCGUCGAGGGCAAGGCGUUCGACAACGGCGCGAUCAACAUGGCCGCGGCGAAGGUGGCGUCGUCUUCGGGAGACAUGAGGAUGUGCCUCAAGUACUGCCGCAGGGCUAUCGAGGUGUGCAAGGCGAGGGUGGAAUCCGCCAAAGAGGACGGCAAUGGGGACAAGGUGUCUUGGGAGGUCUCUGUGAAGGACGUUCACGUUGCGGUUCGGGAGAUCAACGAGCAGGCUCACCUGGUGGCCGUGAGGGACUCGGCGCCCCAGGAGAGGCUGCUGCUCGUGGCCAUCACCAACGAGGUUCACCUCGGGGGAAAGGGCGUGGUGGAUAUGGACGACGUUCGGACGCGGAUGGAAGGGAUCUGCAGGGCGCACCCGAACGGGCCGAGGAUGCCCAACGUGACCACUAUCUUGGAGAUGAUAUCAAGGCUGGCAGCGGCUCAGGUGCUCGAGCUGGUUCUGUCGCGACGGACUCCCCUGCCAGAUGUGGAGCUCAACAUGACCGUCCGGGAUGUGGUGCAAAUGUUGAGGGACGAUGAAGAAUUUUCCCGGAAAGUUCUUCCGGACGCCCUCGUCAGCGAGUACCCGAUGACUUCCUCGCUGCCGGGUUAA